UGUCAUGGUGAACAAGCUCGAGCGUCGCGUUCUCAUCGAGGAAAGGUUCCGUUGUAAACAUGUUAGUACAGUAACGUUACCUUUAGGCGUACUGCUUACUUCAGAGCGAUUUAUAAUGCCGUUACGAGAGCUCCGUUUGCUUUGUUUUGAGGCAGACGAGCAUUUCUGGUAGCAUUUUAGGUGAUGAUGUUUACUAACUAACUCAGUCAAGAUGGGGAGUCGCGGAGGGCUGCGGAGUUCAGCUCUAGAUCGGGCUAAAGCUCUUCUCUCUGGGCAGAGAAUCUCAAACACUGCGAGAUCAGCGGACAAACGAGAUGUGGAAAACUCGACAAAAUUGAAGUCACUGACCAGACCUGACCUCAGUGACAUCCCAGCAUCGCCGAGGGAAAACCAGGACCCUGCGAAGAGUUUCAUUAUAGGUGGCGGGAGUCGAUUUCUGAAGAAGUCCUCUAAAAAUGCCACAGAAGACAGACAGUCAUUCGCUCCUAGUGGAACGCCUGCAGAAAUGGACGACUUUAAGUCCAUACCUCAACGUGGUUCACAAAGCACGGCUUUGAGUAGACUAGCGCUCAUCGAGAGCCGCAUCAGACACCAGAAAAGUGAGCACACACACCUCUCAGAAGCACAGGAGACACGUUUAUCGGUCCAGUCCAGCAGCGAUCUGAGCACGACAGGGACUCGCUUUCUGAAGAAGACACUGUCCGCACCUCAAGAGGAAAAGGCUCCUGAGAGAGCGCCUGGUCUAAAUGAAUAUAAAGGAAGGAGAGUCAGUUUAGACAGCGACGAACAGGACAUGCGAAGACUUCUAGGAGACUCUUUUAGCCUAUCAGAGAGUUCCUUACAAAAUGCAGUGAGGAAGACGAGUCCUCAACCAGUUAAAAAGUUAUACAAGAAGAGCAGUGAAUCUUCGCCAACCCCUGAAAGACACAAAGUUGUCCAGCAUAAAAGUCCCUCUACUUCCCCCAGCCGGCCUGAGUCUCGCCUGAUCCGGUUCACUGAACGGUCUGUGUUCUCUGAAUCUGAUCACAGUGAGAUCCGCUCUUUGGAUGAUCUCUUUCCUGUGGACUCUGAUGACACUCUGAGCGAGAGGAGUACAGUAUUGGACGAUUUCAAACUCAACGUAAUGACAUUGGAGGAUCUCGCCCCUAUACCUUUUGCAGCAGCUGAAAUAUCACAAGAAAAGAAAAAAACACCAGCCAGAAAGGAAGACAAGAACAAGAAGUCAUCCAACGACAUCUCAAAGCUCGCUUCUCCACCCACACCGGAUGAAGCCUCGGCGGCCUACGAAAGUGACUUUGAGAGCGAAAUCCCAUCAGAGACGCCAUCGAGUGCCAGCGAGAUCUCAGAACGUCUCACAGAUGAAGCCAAAGAUGCCUCAUUGGUCAGCUCGUACAAAUCCCAGGUCGACGACAAUGAUGACGAUCGUACUUUAUCACAAUCAUCACCGUCAUCCAGUCGCCACUCAGAUUCUUCCUCGCGGUCUAGCUCGUCCAAUGCGACUGUAACCCCCAGUCCUGGCCGUCACGUAAAAGAGGUUGCGGUACAGACACAGAUGGAUGGAUUUGCCUACACGUGGUCUUCUGGCAUGGCUGCCGCUGGUCCAUCACUGGGCAUGACGUACGUGGACCCGACUCCAAUAGCCAGUCACACAGUCAGCGCUGAAGCCAUAGAGAGUUUGACUGGAUAUAAUCCUGCCAUUAUUGCACUCAACGACAUGUUGCGACAGCAGCUGGCCCUCACAAGAUCGUUCAUCGACUCCACCAGACGCCAUUACAAAUCAGUGCACGAGUCCCUGGGGCCGGCUGACUACAAAUACACCACACUACAAGACACUAAAGAGUUCAUCCGCGCUCACAGGCCGCCCAAGCUAAGUAUGGAAGAGGCUCUAGACGAAGUUCUACGGGAAAUGCAGGACUAUCAUUGCAUGUAAAUAAACAGAUCAAAGUUCGUCCAUAUAUAUCAUAAACAGCCAAAUCUUUUCAAUUAUUGUUAAUGUGCCUAAAUAAAGCAGCUUUCUUUUACUUCCUGUU